GGGCUCGUGCUUGGAACGUUCGCGGGAAACGGCUCAAAACAAACCGGUUCUGAUGGGCACGCGCUGACUGGCUCAAUAAAACGUUAACGUCUCCAUAGUAACGGCCGUUUACAAACUAACCGGUACCGUGAAGCUGAACGAGCCGGUAACGUUUUAUUUAACUCGCGGCUUUAAACAGAGAGACAGCAGGUUAGCACGGAUCAGUUAGCAGCUUGCUCUCAGUCGGGCUUCACACGAGGGGGGUUAUUAACGGAGGUAACGGCUCUAACCGCUAACCGUUCACCGUUAACGGACAGCCGGUUGAAGGUGAAAUGGCGGAAAGACCCGAAGACCUGAACCUACCCAACGCGGUGAUCACGCGUAUCAUCAAGGAGGCGCUCCCAGAUGGGGUGAACGUGUCAAAAGAAGCAAGAAGGGCCAUUUCCCAAGCUGCCAGCGUGUUUGUGCUGUAUGCAACGUCCUGUGCGAACAACUUUGCGAUGAAAGCAAAGAGAAAAACUCUGUACGCCGGAGACGUCUUGGCUGCGAUGGAGGAAAUGGAGUUUGAACGAUUCAUGGAGCCUCUGAGAGAAGCUUUGGAGGUGUACAAGAAGGGCCAGAAGGGAAAGAAGGAAGUGUCGGAGCAGAAGCGCAAAGACAAAGAGAAGAAGAACGACUCCGAGAACGACAAGAGCAGGGAGGAGGAAGAGGAGGAGGAGGAGCGCAUGGAGGAGGAACCCGAAGCGGAGAACGAAGCGGAGGAGGAGGAGGUGGAGAACUGAUGAUGUUCACCUCUCUGAGGUUAUCGCUGUCUGGACGAGAAACGUUAACAGAGCCAACGUGUUCAUCGGAGAGGAUGUUACGUUACAUUAAGUUACGUGAUGUGACGUUACAUUACGUUGCGUGAUGUUACGUUACUUUGCGUGAUGUGACGGUACGUUAUGUUGCGUUACGUGAUGUUAGAUUACGUGAUGUGACAUUACGUUAUGCUGCGUUACGUUAUGCUGCGUUACGUUAUGUUGCGUUACAUUAUGUUACGUUACAUUGCGUGAUGUGACGUUAAGUAGAGUCUAGUCUUCCAAUCAGACGUCCGACUAAAACCCGAGAGUUCAAUCAAAAAGCACAACGAAACCACAACUUUAAAAUACGUCCCGAUUUUUUUUUUUGUCGUAGUCCAUUUUGUAUUUUUCAUAAUUUUAUAGAUCUGCGUCAGCUUUUGAUACAAAUGCUGUUUUGUUUCCACGGUAACUGGAUUUUAUUGACAGUAAAAAAAAAACAUAUUGUGUGUGUACAUUGACUCAUUCUGGCUCUCAUCUGUCCUCAACGAACAAAAAACACGCUGUCGGUAAAAUCAGCUCCUAAAGAUCGAUUCUUCGGAGAACACCAGCAGUUUGUUUAAAAUCAAAUAUUCACAAUUUACCAUCACGAUAUCGCAACCUUUUAAAACACAAUCUCGGACUUUGAGAAAUAUGAACGUCUUUUUCUACAAAAGCAGUACUGUCUAAAACUAGCAAUACUUUUGAUUUAACUCGGGAAAUAUUUGAUUAAAAAAUUUGGCCCUAGUUUUGACUUUUAAAAACUAGCAAAAUGUGAGAAAUAAUGUGUUGAAAUAAAAACUGCAUUUAAUCAAAUGAGAUCAGAAAAAGUAAUUAUAAAUGUUUCUAAAAGCUGUGAUGAUUAACUACUGUGUGAAAAAAAAAAAAAGUUUUAAAAGAAGAAAAAAAUAAAGAUAGUCGAUCCUUUUUGUUACUUUAUGCUGAGUUUUUGAACCAUUUAUACAUUUUGUAGAGUUGUAAAUGACUGGCUGAGAUUUUUCCA